CUCGCAACGACGUGCGUAACGUAGCGGUGUCGCCUUCUUCGUUUAGUUUCCUCAACCAAACACCCAAACUGAUAUUGUGUGAUAAAACUGGAAGUCUGCCGGUGGAAGAGGGUCCGACUAUUCAGAGGAAACACAACCACACACACACACACACACACACACGGACCCUGCGGCCCCUCGAAAACCUCGCUCGCUUUCCGACAAACUCAACCGUCGCCGCGACGAAACUUGACGUGAAGGGAAAGAAGGAGGGCGACGAGAAUUCCUGCUUACAAAACGAAAGGCUGGCUUUUUUUUUUUAUUUUAAUUUUUUGUUUUAGCUGUGGCUGCUGUCGAGAGGCGGGGAAUACAAAGUGACGUGUGCCAACAAAAAGAAAGAAAAAAAAACCCACAUUUUUUGGACUCAAAAAAAAAAAAAAAAAAAAAAAAAAAAACGGAAUUACUACAAAGCCUGUUCGUGCUGCUGCUGUGACUGGCCAGCGAUAGUACAUGGAUUAUCUGAGGGAGUAAACACAAGACAACCUUCAAUCCCGCUCAUCUUCACAAAACUCCACUGCAAAUCUCUAAUAAAAAAAAAGAAGAAAAAGAAAAGAAAAGAAUCGGCUUUGUGGGUACGAGGUGCUGACCGUGAGACGAUGAAGGGCUGGACUCGCGUUGUUGACCUGGCGCCGUUGUGUGCAGCCACUUCUGAUCCUCCUCCAUCCAUUCACUUACUCGAGAGGCUUGGGUUGUUUGUUGCCGGGGGUUACGCUUGUUGUUGAGCACAAUGUCGGAGCACAUGCAGCUCUCCCUUGCCUUGUGCAGGAUUGGGAUUUACACGUGUUUUCGUGCACUGUGCUGUAAAGGACCGCCGCCGCCGAGACCAGAGUAUGAUGUGGUGUGCAUCGGCCUGACGGGCGCUGGAAAGACCAGCUUGCUCUCACGCCUCUGUAGUGAGGGUGGAGACGGCAUCGUUCCCACAACAGGUUUCAGCAUUAAAGCAGUGCCAUUUCCGAAUGCCAUCUUGAAUGUAAAAGAACUUGGAGGAGCGGACAACAUCAAGAAGUACUGGAGUCGUUACUACCAGGGGUCGCAGGGUGUAGUCUUCGUACUGGACAGCGCAUCGUCGGAUGAGGACCUCGAGGCAGCGCGCAAUGAGCUCCACUCGGCUCUGCAGCAUCCACAGCUCUGCACGCUGCCUUUCCUUAUCCUUGCCAAUCACCAGGACAAGCCUGCUGCAAGGACGCCAAACCAGGUCAAGAAGUACUUUGAGCUGGAGCCGCUGGCCCGAGGGAAGCGCUGGAUCCUGGAGGGGAGCUCCACCGACAACAUGGAGGCAGUGAAGGAGAGCUUCGGUCAGUUCAUAAGCCUGCUGGAGGACAAAGAAACAGAGCCCGCAAGGAUAUGAUGCUAACGCUGCUAAUGCUAAGAGACAUCAGCAGUUACACACACACACACACACACAUACAAACACACACAAAAAAAAAAAAAAAAACACCACAUCCUCCCGGUGCCCAUGUACACACACACACACACACACCCACGCACAGACACAAACAUGCACACACAAGAAACGCCGGCAGAUGCUGGCCUCUCUUCUCUUUGUAUGUUAACCUCCCUUCGCUGUGGUCCCCUCUUUUUUUUUUUUUUUCUUCAAAUUGGAGCGAACCCAGUCAACCACUACAACCUGACGGAGGAGAGCGGCCAUGACACCCACCGAGUGUGAAGCAGUUUGUCGAGGGAAAAAAAAAAAAAAAAAAACUGAACUUUGCCAACAAUGGAAGUCUUGUUUACUACUGUCUGUGCCGUCGUGAUUUCAUCAGCGAUAUUUGGGACGUAUGGCAUUCCUCUGGUCACCGUUGGACACUACUAACACACACAAACACAAACACACAGGAGCCCAGGUCGUCUGUAGAUACGUUUAACAUCCCCACUAAUUACUUUCCAGGAUGUUUGGGUGGGUUUUUUGUCCUUUUCCACUGAGAAGUACUGUAUGGCUGUCAAGUGUGUUGUUUCUCCUUUUGACUCAGUAACAACGACGCGACGUCGUGCGAUCGGAGUGUGCGUAGUCGUCCGAAGCCUUGUGUUAUGUACGGUAGUUACAUAUCGGUGCGUCACGCCGUAUCUGAAUAUCUAAUAAUCUGAAUAGUGUAAUCUGAGUGUUUAUGGAGUAUUAUGUACAUGCAACGAAGCAUACUGCUGUGUACCCUCCUGUGCAGCCAUACACACAUGUACUACUAAUGUGACCGCGUGUGCGAGGUGACUUUAUGGAGACGUUUGUCCAUUUCAAGAAUGUGGGAACAUGUCUGAAUGCUUUUUAUAAAUGUGCAACAACCUAGGAUAUAUUUUAUAGCUCUGUAUGCUAACGUAGAGCCACAUUUAGAGUUUUUUGUAUGUCUUACUUACGUCACAUUUAGGAAUUCUUUCAAAUCAACGACCAAAAAAAAAAAAAAAAGAAAAAAAAAGAAAAGAAAGAAAAGAAAACAGAUGAUGAUUGACCGGGCUGGACGCGCCCAGACGGUGGAGAAAUCUAAUGGAUUAUGUGUCUUUUCAGCAUUCAGCGAAUGCCAUGUUUUGUUUGUUUUUUUCUGUUUGAAUUUGACAUAAUCCCUCUGAGCACUGGCUGGUGACUGCAGUCUUCUCCCAUCAGGGCGGAAUACAAACUAUCAAUCAACCACAGCAACAGCUGCAUCUGACAAGUCCCUGUCCGACACCCUAAUGCCUUCCAACUGUCUGAAGACCCCUCCCUGUCUGCAGUUUAUCGCGUACCCCUGCCCCACUUCAUCCCGUCCCAGCCAAACGCUGCCCUUCCGCUCCAGCUCCACUCCCUGUUCCCAUUAACUCCUCGUUCUUUUUUUUUAUCCCAGAUACCUUCUCUCAGCCGGUCCGUCCUCUUUUAGACUCAGCGCGUCUAAAAGGGCUCUAAUUCAUUGUGCCACAGGUGUGUGGUUGUCGUCGAGACGUGUUCAUGCUUCCUCUGUACGUCUGUGUGUGCGCGCUUCGUCUUUCUGUUGUUCUUUUGAUCAGUAUUUUGUCAGGUUUUUAAAGAUUGAAUCACUUUUUGUACCUGAUGUGAGAACUGAGUGGAUCAGUCCAUUUGUUUGCGUAAAUGCAAAAUAAAUCUGUCGACUAGG